AUGGACAAUUCACUGGCUAUUGCUGUCAUUGACGAAAAGGUUUGGAUCAAUUUACCUCAUGAUCUUGUGCUCUUCAUUUUGUCAAAACUGCCUUUAAAAUCAUUGAAGCGGUUUAUAUGUGUAUGCAAAUCAUGGUCUCUCUUAUUCGAAAACCCCAAUUUCAUUAAGAUGUACUGCAACAAUAUUUUAUGUAAUGAUCAUUCUGAUUAUGAUGAUACAUUUCUCAUCUUACAUAAACUGCCUUUUAAUUAUUAUCAUGGCCAGCAUUGUGAGUUUUAUUUGCUCUCCAGUGAGAGGUUAGAGAAUCGGGUUAAAUUAGAUUGGCCACCUCAAUUUCAAGAGAUUGAUACUAAUAUUUAUGUUGUCGGCUGUGUUAGUAUUAAUGGCAUACUUUGCCUCAAACAAGGAUUUAAAUAUACCCGUCAAGUUGUGUUGUGGAACCCAACUACUCGUGAGUCUAAGGUCAUUCCUCCCAGCCCCGUUGAGAACAUAAGACCUAACCGGACCCCUUUCUUCUUUCUUCAUGGUUUUGGCUACGAUCACGUUAGCGAUGACUAUAAAGUGGUUCAAAUGAUAGAUUAUUUUCCGGACAAUGAUCCAGAUGAUGAGGAAGAUUUGAUAUGGGAAGAUAGAUCAUACGAUCCCUUGUGGGAGAUAUAUUCUCUCAAAAGUAACUCUUGGAAGAAACUUGAAUUUGAUAUGCGUAAUUGUUAUUACUAUACGCCAUUGCGAGGUAUCGGACUCUACACGGAUGGAAUGUUUCAUUGGUGGGCUAAAAGUGAAUCCAAAAAUAUUGAAGAGUGUUUGUUGUCAUUUGACUUUAGCAAUGAGGAGUUGUUUAAAACCCCCAUACCCUCAAACAUGGAUGGUAAUUUCAAUGUUGAAUUCGUGGAGAGACACUUGGCGCUGUUAAAUGGCACCAUUACUUUGAUAUCAAGUUAUCGAGAGGAGGCUACUUUUCGCUUAUCAAUUUUGGGUAAACUUGGUGUGAGAGAAUCAUGGAUAAAUCUCUUUAUUGUGGGGCCAUUUCACGAGCAGUUUGGAUCGUCCUUUCCUUUUUUUGUGUCGCCCAUAGGACUUGGUAAGAAGAAUAAUAUAGUCUUCUUAAACAAAAGAGAUAAUAAAAUAGUUUGGGUUGAUUUGAAAACUCAGAUGAUUGAAGAGCUUGGUGUUGAAGGAGACAAAUUUCGUUGUCAUAUAGGAAAGUACAAGAAAAGCUUUCUUCCGAUUGAAGGAAUAAAUACGUAG